AUGAGCGAACUGGAAAAGCCGAGUCCAAUUGACAAUGGUGUUGGUGACAAUUCGUCCAAUUCUGACGAGGGAAACAUCGUCGACCCCGAUGCGGGCUUGUCAGAGGCUGAGAAGAAGGAAGUGGAGCGGAAAUUACUGUGGAAGCUGGAUCUUAUGCUUAUCCCAUGGCUCUGUCUCUUGUACUUGAUCUGCUUCCUUGAUCGCACCAAUAUUGGCAAUGCCAAGAUUGCUCACCUGGAGAAAGAUCUGGGCAUGGAUCCCAAAUCUUUCAAGUAUGCCGCCACCCUCAUCAUCUUCUUCAUCUCCUACGCCAUGUUUGAGGCUCUCGCCAAUUUCUUACUGAAGAGAUGGAAGCCAUCUAGGUUUAUCCCCAGCAUCAUGAUUGUGUGGGGUUGUUGCAUGCUUGGCAUGGGAUUUGUGAAGAAUUGGUCCGGCCUCAUGGCUGCCCGCUGGUUCCUUGGCGUAGCCGAAGCCGGCUUAUUUCCAGGUGUCAAUUACUAUCUGUCGUGCUGGUAUAAGCGAAACGAGUUUGGAGUUCGCGCGGCCAUUUUCUUCUCAGCUGCUGCUUUGGCUGGCUCUUUUGGUGGCCUGCUUGCGGCUGCCAUUCAAAAGAUGGAUGGGCUUCGAGGAAUUGCAGGCUGGGCCUGGAUUUUCAUCAUUGAGGGUCUCUUGACCAUCGUCGUCGGUUUCAUCUCCUACUUCAUGGUCCACGACUUCCCAGACGAGGCGAGAUUCCUGACCCCCGAAGACCGUGCGCGUGUGUUGCUCCGACUUAAGAACGACAAGCAGCAUUCCGCCCAGCACGAGGACUUCAAGUGGGACUACAUGUGGGCUGCCAUCAAGGACUGGAAGACUUACAACGGCAUGUUGAUCUAUAUGGGCCCGCUGAUGCCUCUCUAUUCCUUCAGUGUUUUCCUGCCCACGAUUAUUCAAUCUAUGAGCUGGACGACUCCCGAUCAGAUCAUCAAAAACCAACUUCUCAGUGUACCUCCCUAUGCUGUUGCGGCCGUCCUGACCGUUAUAAUAGGGUUCUGGUCUGAUAGAGCACAGAAGCGUGGAGUCUUCAUUAUGAGUUGCGCGCUCAUCGGAGUAGUUGGUUUCAUCAUGCUGAUUGCAUCAACCAACCCAGCUGUGCAGUACGCAGGCACCUUCCUAGGCGCAAUGGGCAUCUAUCCACCCAUCUCCCUAACGAUUGCGUGGGUGGCCAACAAUGUUGAAGGUGUCUACAAGCGCGGUAUUGUUCUUGGAUUCGUCAUUGGCUGGGGUAACCUCAAUGGUAUCGUGAGCAGUGUCAUUUAUCGAUGGCCACCACGAUACUUCCAAGGUCACGGAACCAUCAUUGCUUACCUGAUUGUGUGCAUGUUUGGAGGCAGUGUGCUCUUCGCCACUCUUCUUAGCAUUGAGAACAAGAAACGUCGUAAUGGUGAGCGAGACCAUUGGGUAGAAGGAAAGACUGAGAAAGAGAUCAAUGCUCUUGGCGACAAGCGACCCGAUUUCUUGUACACCCUCUAA